AUGCCGGGUCACACCCCCAUCACCAUCCCCUCCGAGCCGCAAAGCCCGUCCUCGCGCCGCGGCUCGAGAUCAACAGAACUCUCGCGGGGGUCGGAGCACAGCGGCUCCGCCGCCUCGAGCACGACCUCCCUCUCGCACCACCGCAAGGCCAGGCGGCAGGAGAAGGUCCACCUACAGGAAGUAGAGCAGACGCUCCUCAUCACGCUGUUCUGGAAGACCCUGGACGCGCAGUCGGCACGCCCGGUGCUGGGGUGCCGGAGGGCGGCGGAGGUCCUCGCGCGCCUCGAGGACGUGGGCUGGCUCGAGGGGGCGUACGGGACGGACCCGCGGUGGGUGAGGUACGCGGCCGGGCGGGCGGCGCGGCUCGACGCGUGGACGGCCGAGUUCCUCGCCGCCUGGCCCGGCCGGCGGGUCACGGUGCUGCACCUCGCGUGCGGGCUGGACUCGCGCGACAGGCGGGUGGCGAGGGACCCGGAGCUGGUGCGGUGGGUCGACGUCGACAGGCCGCUCGUCGCGAACCUGCGGGAGAGGCUGAUGACAGACGGCGGCGGCGGGCUCUGCGGCGGCGGCGGCGGCGGCUGCGGCGAGGACAAGGGCGAGGAGGAGACGAGCCUCCGGCCCGUGGGCGACUACUCGCUGCGCUCGCUCAACGUGACCGAGGGCCGGUGGUACUCGGACAUACCGGCCGACCGCCCGACGCUCGUCGUCGCCGAGGGCCUGUUCCCGUUCCUCACGCCGGCCGAGGCCGAGGGCGUCAUCCGCGGGCUGGCCGGCUACUUCGGGCAGGGCCAGCUCGUCUUCGACACGGUGGGCAGCCUGGCCGUCUCGCACACGCGGCGGGCCAACGUCCUCAAGCCCAGCGGGUCGCGGUUCCGGUGGGGCGUCGACGACGCGCGCGACGUGCUUGCGUUUCACGACAAGCUGAGGCUGAGGGACCAGGUGCGGUGGUUUGAGUUUAUGGGCGUCGAGGGGGAGAUCUCGCGGGAGACUGCGCCGCCGUGGUUUGGACCCAAGGCCAUGACUGUGGCACAGUUUACGUCGUCCUUCAAGGACAAUGGCCAGGUCCUCAGGUUUGAUUUCUAA